AUGGUGGACUUAGAAAAGAAUACCAACCACGUUGGUGCAAACACGGCAAACACUUUACGGUUGCGCGACGGCGCGUUACCACCAGCGCCGCUCAGCCUUCUCCACAUGGCCAACACCGAGUCGGGCGACUCAAUCCUCAAUGCCGGACAGGCACUGAGCGGACAGACUACCGCAGGGCGCCGCGAGAGCUUCAGCUCUCAAAACUCGCAGACGGCGAAGGAAUUCAUCGAAUCCCAGAUUCGACUUGAAGCCGAUGCGCGUGAAGUCCUUCCAUAUUCAUUCGACACUUGUACACAAGACUUAGGUCCCCUUCGCCAAUCUCUUUUUGCCUGCCUCACCUGCAACCCCUCCACCUCCGAAGAGUCAUAUACCCCCGCUGCCGUGUGCUACUCCUGCUCUAUCUCCUGCCAUGGUGAACACGAUCUCGUUGAACUAUUCAACAAGCGGAACUUCGUCUGCGACUGUGGAACAACCCGCAUGCCCGCCACCUCCCCAUGCACCCUUCGGAAUGAUCCCAAGACCGGCGCGAAAGGCGUGCACUCAGAACAGCCUCACCAAGGCAACAAAUACAACCACAACUUCCAGAACAAGUUUUGCGGAUGCGGCGAGGACUAUGACCCGCAUAAGGAACGCGGUACGAUGUUUCAAUGUUUGGGUCUGGGCACAGUAGAGACAGGUGGUUGUGGCGAAGACUGGUGGCAUCCGGAAUGCCUGAUCGGAUUGCCGCGCGACUGGUACAAGGAUACCGACAAGCCCAUCACCACCGAACCCUCCUUUACCUCCUCCAACCCAUCCGCACCCAAACACACCCACCUCCCCACAACACCCCCAAGCCGCACCUUCUCCCUCUUCCUGAAAGACGACUUCCGCGACCACUUCUGCCGCUGCCGCGACUGCUACCCACACCUAGCAUCGCAUCCACAACUCCGCGAAGAAGAAGAGACCUAUGAACCGCCCAUGUCCGAAGACGGCGACGGCGACGGCCCCAACGGCGGAGGCAGCACCGGCACGGGCAGUCUUCUCGAUCGGGGCGAAGCAGCGCUGAGCAACAUCGACCGAGUGCGCGCCAUCGAGGGCGCAAUGGUGUACAACCAUCUGCGCGAUAAGGUGAAGGAGUUUCUGAAGCCGUUUGCGGAGACCGGGAAGGCGGUUAGUGCGGAGGAUAUCAAGUCUUAUUUUGAGAAGUUGAGGGGUGAUGAGCAGUCGAUUCGGGAUGCGGCGUCUUCUGCUGCUGGUGGGGGUGGGGGUGACGAUGGUGAUGGUGGGGAUGGAGGUAAUCGGAGAGAACAGAGUGUUGAUGUUACGGGUACAGGAUGGGAUUGGGGUGCUAUCUAUGGGUUGGGGAGGGCGUCACGAUUGGGUCUCUUGCAUUUAGUCUCAAGAUAA